AUUAAAAUCAACUCAUUCAAUUAUAAAUCGCUUCAUGGUGCUUGUUAACAUAAUGUGCUAUUGAAUGAGCAUAAGUUUUUGUAGCAAAUAUAGUGAAUUUGAUAAGUUUUUACCAAAACAUAAAAAAAUCGAUAAAAACAAAGGAAAAUGUAUUUCAUGUAAAACCACUUUUUAUUAGCAAGUAAAAUCAGGAAAAUGCCGUCUUUGGGACAGAAAGUAUUUGGAUAUUUUAGGCAACUGAGUUUUAUCAACGAGCCGCGUGAAGAAACUCAUAAAUCCAAUAAUCAAUGUUUCAUAACGAAGUAUUUGGAAUCAAGUGCCGUCGAGCCAGUGCAAAUUACAAGUUUAUCUACUCAAAUUUAUAGUGGAAAGCAACCUAAUGAUUUACCGGAGCUAUCAUUAAAAGAAUACGAUACUGGGCCAAGCACAAUUCGAACGGCAAUUACAGGGCCAAAUGAAGGUCUUACAUAUUGCCGUCGCUCACGAAUUCAUUUGAGUGCUGGAGGUGAUAUUGAUUUUAUAGACGAUAAAGAUGAAGAAGUACGUCAUAAUCCUAAACGAUAUCCAAGAAAAUUGUCGAAUGUGAGUAGGAAAAGUACUCAGCAGGAGACAUCAACGACUGGCUUAAAACCAUCAGACUUUAAAAAAACGACAGAUGAAGAAAAUAAUGAAACAGACUUGAUAGCAGAUGUUACUCAUUGGAAUGCACCUUGUAAUGAACAUACUUGCGGAGUUGCUCUUUCACUUUACGAAAAAAAUCCCAUUACAAAUAUUCAUGCAGGAGAUCCAAUUGCUGACUGUUAUGGAAUGAUUGCUCGACGAGACUCGGCAUGUAUAAGUUUAGCUGAUGGGGUUAAUUGGGGAGAAAAGGCACGACUCGCAUCUUGUGCUGCUGUACAAGCAUCUAUAGAAUAUUUGUCAAGAGCUUUAUUCAGUCCAAACAGUGUUGCCAAAACUACUCGCGAAGUGUAUGUUAGUUUAUUGAGAAGCUUUUGGGAAGCUCAAGAUUUUAUUCUUGAGGUAAAUGGUCAUUUGACGACUUUAACUGUUGCUGUAAUAUUCCCCAUUGCGGAUAGUGAAACAUACAAAAAUAGAUAUGUUGUCUGUUCAUGCAAUGUUGGUGAUUCUCUCGGUUAUGUGUAUAGUAAAAAGCACGGCGUUAGAGAAUUUACGCAAGGUUCACAUGAUAUACAAAAUAAUCGAGACAUGCGAGACGCUUUGGGAGCUUUAGGUCCAGUUGAUGGAAAUAAGCCAGAAUUAAGCAAUUUGACACUAUCCAUGACAAUAGUUGAGAAAGGAGAUAUUGUAUUUUUGACAUCUGAUGGAAUUUCUGACAACUUUGAUCCUGUCGUUGGAAAGUUUGCAGAAAUAGAAUCAGAAACACAAGAACAGCCUGAAAUUGUUGAACCUAAAAAGGAUUUAGCACCAAAAAGACAAAAUAAAAGUGCAUCAAGUUUACAAUCAUCAUUGCCGUCAUCAAGACGUAAGCAAGAAUUAAUGACUAAUUAUUCAACAACUUCAUCGACAUCAUCAACGUCAUCGUCCAAACUUUCAUCUUUAUCUUUUAAUAGUGCCGAUAUACCUGUUAGACCUCCAAGAACAAAAAAAUCAAAUCUGACUUCUGCACAAAUAAGCAAUCCAAUGCCUGUACAGCAAUUGCCAAUUCGUCCAAAAUAUACGCGAUCAAAGACACUCAUCGAGCCUCGACAUAUAUCUUCAGCCAAAUCGUCACCACUCGUUCGCAUUAAAAAAUCAGCUGCUGGUCUGCCGAUUGUAACUGCAUAUCAACGACAUGCUUUAACUCUUUUAAGAAUGGCUGAUUUGUUUUGUUAUGGAAUUAAUGGUACGUUGAGGCCAUGUACAAAUGCGAAAAAGCUGUGUAGUCUUUUAAUCGAUUUUACAAAAAUGAUUACAUCCGCAAAAAGGAAGCUUUUAGAACAGCGAGAAUUAUUUUGGAAGAUUUCACAUGACGCGCAAGGACAGAGGAAGGAAGUAGAAUUAAAUAGACUUCAGCAAAGAGCUGCAAGAAAACGCGUUGUAGAUGCUCACUUUAAUUUGCUUCCUGGAAAAUUAGAUCAUGCCAGUGUUGUUGCAUGGACUGUUGGAAUUGAGGAUGGAAAUAAUAUUUUGAACAAUAAUGAGUUGCUCUUAGAUCCGAAAACAACAAAAGUUACUACCUUUACUUUAAGUACUAAUUCAUCGAAUAUUUACACUGAAACUGAUUUCUAAUCUUUUCUAGUA